GUCCACAGGAGAUACGAGGCCUGUGACAAGCUUCUGCGCUGGGGGUCUGCUGUUAAAAUCCAGCUCCAUCUUCUUUAUCCUUGGGGAUAACGAUGACCAAACCGACAAGAGCAUAAUCUACACACUCUAAGCUUUCUCCUGAUCACAAUAUUGUGAUAUUUCGGAUUUAAAUAUAUUAGAAAAGGAAUGGUGAAAAGUGAACUCCGUCGGAAGAAUCCGAAUUCUCUUCAGGGACUCGGGGGGGUUGGGGUCGCAUAAAGAUACAUAGGAUCGCAGCAGUUAAACGACGCGUAAAAAUAUUAAGGUAAACGUGGAUUUAAAGGCCAACGGUAUCUGGUUUUAUAGAAAUUAGCUGAAAUACAAUCAAGGGACUCGUCCGAGAGACACCAAUACACAGCGAUGGAGCUACGAGUUGGAAACAGAUACAGACUUGGUAGAAAAAUUGGAAGUGGAUCAUUUGGAGACAUUUAUCUGGGCACAGACAUUUCAGUUGGAGAAGAAGUGGCCAUCAAACUGGAAUGUGUGAAGACGAAGCACCCACAGCUCCACAUUGAGAGCAAGAUUUACAAGAUGAUGCAGGGUGGAGUUGGCAUUCCUACUAUAAAGUGGUGUGGUGCAGAAGGAGAUUAUAACGUGAUGGUGAUGGAGUUGCUCGGCCCCAGUCUGGAGGAUCUCUUCAAUUUCUGCUCCAGGAAGUUCAGCCUGAAGACUGUCCUGCUGUUGGCUGAUCAGAUGAUUAGCCGCAUUGAGUACAUCCACUCCAAGAACUUCAUUCACAGAGAUGUAAAGCCGGAUAACUUUCUGAUGGGCUUGGGAAAGAAAGGAAACCUGGUCUACAUCAUUGACUUUGGUCUGGCCAAGAAAUACCGUGACGCACGAACACACCAGCACAUUCCCUAUCGAGAGAACAAGAACCUGACGGGCACUGCACGUUACGCAUCCAUCAACACACAUCUUGGCAUUGAGCAGUCUCGGCGGGAUGACCUGGAGUCUCUCGGUUACGUGCUGAUGUACUUCAACUUGGGCUCGCUGCCUUGGCAGGGACUGAAAGCCGCCACCAAGAGACAGAAGUAUGAGCGUAUCAGUGAAAAGAAGAUGUCCACCCCCAUUGAAGUUCUCUGCAAGGGCUACCCAUCUGAAUUUGCUACGUACCUCAACUUUUGCCGAUCACUGCGAUUUGAUGACAAGCCAGACUAUUCGUAUUUGAGGCAACUCUUCAGGAAUCUGUUCCACAGACAGGGCUUUUCCUAUGACUAUGUGUUUGACUGGAACAUGCUUAAAUUUGGCGCCAACCGUACAGCAGAGGAGGCAGAACGUGAGAGGAGAGAGCGAGACGAGCGGAUGAGGCACAGCAGGAAUCCUGCAGCUCGAGGGAUCCCAGCAGCUUCAGGCAGACCCCGCCCCACACAGGACGGAGCUCCGCCCACACCCCUCACCCCCACCUCUCACACAGCAAACACAUCCUCACCGAGACCGGUCACUGGCAUGGAGCGCGAACGGAAGGUCAGCAUGCGGCUUCAUCGUGGCGCCCCAGUGAACGUGUCGUCCUCAGACCUGACGGGGCGACAAGACACCUCCCGCAUGUCCACAUCACAGAAUAGCAUUCCCUUCGAUCACCACGGCAAGUAGUUGAUCAUCACAUCCUUGUGCACCAGGUCAGUUUGAUAAGCUUGUGUUGACUGCACAUUGCCUUGAUUUCUACCAACUGGGUGAAUAUCAUUUGAACUGUCAUAUUUAAAAAAAAUAAUA